AUGGGCUGGAAGAGAGGAUACAGAAGAGAGGAAGAGAGAGAGCGUGAGAGGGAAAGAGAAGCUGAUAAUCUUAUGUGUAUACAAGACGGAGGACAAGUUGGUCUGAUCAUAGUGGUGGUAAUUCUGUUGCUGUAUGCCAUGGUUGUUACUAUUUUUACAAUAUUGCUUUUUCGGCAAAGACGCAAAGGAAUGACUGCGGAGACUGAAUGUAAGGGACCCGAUCCUUACAUGGACCUACAGCCCAGGCCUGAGGAUGAGGGAGGCAGAACCUACCAGGAGAUGGCAACAAUCUCAAAGACUUUGUCCAAUACUCCAGAAGAUGGAUCUCUACCGCAAGAACCAACUGAUUCCGCGGUCUACGAGAAUCAGGCUGCUGCUAUGUACCAUGAAUAUGACGAAGACAAAACCAAUGAAGGCGGAACAUAUGAAACGGUUUCCUCCCCAAUUCGAAGAAAUCAAAACAGUUAA